ACCAGAUCUCCUCUCAAUCUCCCUCGUAUAUCCCGUCAUACACCUCAGCUCUGGUAGAUAAAGAACAAGAUCUGUUCAGAAACAUGUCAAGUCCUCCUUCAAUGUUACACAAAGGUGCGGUGGCAGUGAUCACCGGUGGGGCCUCUGGAAUAGGUUUAGCCUCAGCACUUCGUUUCGCACAACGAGGAAUGUCAGUAUUCUUGGCUGAUAUCGACGAGAAAGCUCUCAAGGUUGCUGAGGACAAUGUGAAAGGUGUCGAAGGUGUGGGGGAAGUGUUGAGUAUGAAAGUUGAUACGGGUAAUGUGGAAGAUGUUGUGAAGAUGAGGGAGAAGGUUUUGGAUGAAUUUGGAGAGGUUCACGUCUUACUUAAUAACGCAGGAACUUCUCGUCCUUGUCCCGCUUUCUCACUCUCUACUCCUUUAGCGGAACUACAACAAAACUGGGCAACUACCGUCGGUACUAAUCUUCACGGAAUCAUAAAUGUCGCUCAGGUCUUUGCUCCACAUAUGGCGAGACAAGAGAACGCUAGUGCUAUAGUAUGCACGGGGAGUAAACAGGGUAUCACUUGUCCUCCGGGAAACGCGGGGUACAACGUUUCCAAAGCUGGUGUCAAAGCUUACACUGAGCAACUGGCUCAUGAAUUGAGGAAUACCCCUGGGUGUAACUGUACCGCUCAUUUGUUUGUCCCUGGCUGGACAUACACAGGAAUGACCAGAAGUUCCUCUGGUAAACCUGCCGGAGCUUGGACCGCGGAACAAACCGUCGAUUAUAUGCUUGAUAAGGUGUUUGACAAAGGAAACUUUUAUGUUAUCUGUCCUGAUAACGAAACGUCGAGUCAAUUAGACAAAUUGCGUAUUGAAUGGUCUCUUGGAGAUAUACUUCAAAACCGUCCCCCUUUAUCGAGGUGGCAUCCGGAAUACACAGCAAGGUUCGAAGAAUUCAUCACCACUCGUCAAGGUCUUCAAGCACGAUCACGUAGUCGUGGAAGACCUAUGAUCAAAGACGAAUACUCUUAUUCUGACUUACCUUCUCCUCUCCCAUGA